CAUGGGGACGCGGCCUGGCCUUCCUGGCUGGUCGGUUUGUUGACGUACCGAAGGGUCACUAGGGGCCGUGCCCCGGGGUGUCCGAGCUGGAAGACUCAAAGGUUCGGAUGCCUCCUUAAAAUCUAUCAACCCACAAUAAUGGCAUCAUGCUUGUACGAAUGUCUUUGUGAGGCAGAACUUGGAAAAUAUUACCCUCAUUUUGCUGCCUUUGGCCUUCAGAAAAUAGAUGAAUUGGCUAAAGUCACAAUGAAAGACUACUCCAGAUUGGGAGUCCACAACAUGAAUGACCGUAAGCGCCUCUUCCAACUCAUUAAAAUCAUUCAAAUCAUGCAGGAAGAAGAUAAAGCCACUGAUAGCACCCAGCAGGAUCUUCCAACAAGUAACCUACACGACCGUCCUCAAGGGACCAGAUCAGGACCUCGAAGGCAACUAUGCUUUGAUGCCUUUGUUGACAAAAAAGAACGAACUGCAGAGGAUUUUGCAUUUGACACAUGUAGUCUAUCAGACUUAUAUUCAGCUGAACCCAAUUUAGUAGAUAUGCUAGAGCAUAUUCUUCCAGGUGAUACCCAGUAUAAUAAAAAGGCAAGAACUCCUCAUGCUGCAGCUGCUGAUAUGGGUGUGCAAACAGAAACAAACAGUGCAGCAUUGUUUUCAUCAAAUAAUCUUUCUCCACUUCUGGGGGAUAUUGAAGUCCCUACCAUACAAAGAGUCACUCACAUUUCUGGAUAUAAUUAUGGAGUCCCUCAUUCUUAUGUCAGAGAGAAUAUUUCAGAGAAGGAUGAUGUUUGGACUGAAACUGAGAAAAUCAGAGUAUGUGUACGGAAACGCCCUCUAGGCAUGAGGGAAGAAAGGCGUGGAGAAAUGAAUAUUAUCACUGUAGAAGAUAAAGAAACUUUACUUGUCUAUGAAAAGAAAGAGGCAGUUGACCUUACCCAAUAUAUCCUACAGCAUGUUUUUUAUUUUGAUGAAGUCUUUGGUGAGACGUGUACCAAUCAAGAUGUAUAUUUGAAGACCACUCACCCACUCAUUCAGCAUAUUUUUAAAGGAGGAAAUGCCACUUGCUUUGCAUAUGGACAGACAGGGGCUGGAAAGACUUAUACCAUGAUAGGGACUCAUCAAAACCCAGGACUCUAUGCUCUUGCUGCUGAAGACAUCUUUAGGCAAAUAGACCUAGCCCAGCCAAAGAGAGACCUCUCUGUGUGGAUUAGCUUUUACGAGAUCUACUGUGGACAACUUUAUGAUCUACUGAAUGGAAGGAAAAGACUUUUUGCAAGAGAAGAUAGUAAACAUGUUGUACAGAUAGUGGGAUUGCAGGAACUACCAGUGCAUAGUGUGGAUCUCCUUUUAGAGGUUAUUUUGAAGGGUGGCAAGGAACGUAGCACUGGCGCUACUGGAGUCAAUUCAGAUUCCUCCCGCUCCCAUGCUAUCAUCCAAAUUCAGAUAAAAGAUUCAGCCAAGAGAACCUUUGGGAGGAUAUCUUUCAUUGACUUGGCUGGAAGUGAGAGAGCAGCUGAUGCCAGAGAUUCAGAUAAACAAACAAAAAUUGAAGGUGCAGAAAUAAACCAGAGCCUUCUAGCUUUGAAAGAAUGCAUUCGUGCAUUGGACCAGGAACAUGCUCAUACUCCCUUCAGACAAAGCAAAUUAACUCAGGUACUGAAGGAUUCUUUCAUUGGCAAUUCCAAAACCUGCAUGAUCGCCAAUGUAUCGCCUAGCCACAUGGCUACAGAGCAUACCUUGAACACUUUACGUUAUGCUGACAGGGUGAAAGAACUAAAAAAAGGAAUUAAAUGCUAUACCCCUGUUACCAGUCGAAAUCGGUCAUCUGGAAAUAUGUCUCCAAAACGAAUUCAGUGCUCACCUUCAGUACUGCUAGCGGACAAGUGCUCUCCCAAAAAAGUGAAGUUAGGCUUUCAGCAACCUCUCACAUCAGCCUUCAGCACUACAAGAGGGAAGUGCUAUCCUUUAGCCUUUCAUUCAGCCAAUGCCCCUUUUUCUUCCACCCCCAAAGUCACGAGCAAAGGGAACACCACCUCCAAAGGAAGUGUUAGCCAUGUAUUCGUCACCCCCCCUACUCCUCUCAAAGAACCUGCAAAGGCAGGGUCUCCCACAAAGAAGAAGACAGAAGAUUCCACAAUGAUUUUCGAGAAGCUCUGUCCUAGCAAGGACCUUGCUGGCAAUCCAACCACAGCCACGGUGCUAGGAAACAGGGGUGUGGGCCUCGGGGAGACCGGUGUGCCGGGCCAAUACAAAAAAGUACCAGCAGUGCAGCCGGUACGGAAGCAACUUGUGUCCCGAGGUGAGCUCUCUUUUGGUGAGCCCCAUCAUGGAGGGCAGUGUACUCAGACCUGCGAGAAGGUGCUCACCCAACGGGGCUCUGAAGCUUGGACCACUAUCCCUCCUCAUCAGAAAGACAGGGAAGCACAUUUGCGUUUUUAUCACCAGCAGUUUCAGCAACCACCUCUUCUCCAACAGAAGUUAAACUACCAGCCACUAGAAGAGUUUUUAUGCCAGUAUAAGCCCCAGGAAAUUAGAGUCCGGCCAGAUUCACCUCCUUUGCUUCCUUCUGACUCACAAAACAAAGAUGCCACCCAACUGGAAGACUUGGAUGACAGUGAUUUCAGUGAAGAUUCUUUUUCACCUCUUUCUAACCAGAGGACAGCCAAGAGAAGAAACACCCAGGAAUAUAGUGAACAUUCAUUCUUUCUACAUCAGAGAGAAGAACAAGGAACUGAGGAUCAGAAAGCGGAAAGUGAGCAGAGUUUGUUUUUUAACUACAGGAUAGAUACUCAAGAGAAUGAUCUGAAUGAAAAAUGGGUUUAUACCAGGAAUCCAGCCUGUCAAGACACAGCAGAGCUGAAUAAAGGGCACCACAAUAAGACCUUUUCUGAUUGGAGCAUAGAGGGUGACUCGACUUCCUCAGACUCCUCCCCAGGUAACAACAUGGCAGAACAACCUUACUGCUCACAGGUGGAUUUUGUUCAUAACAGGAGAAGGAGUAGUAACCGAGCAUUUGACCAUCAGCAUGUCCCUUUCAAAGAUGAGCCUCGUCUCCAGGCUGAUGGCACCUCAACACCACCAGAAAAGGACACAGCCACGUUCUCAGUGUUCAGUUUUGCAGAUCAAAGCGAUUCAGUCAUCUUACCACAGGAAGAAAGCAGCAAUGGCAGCCAAACCCAGCUGACGAAACCAAUGAAGAGAAAUAACCUUCAUUCUGAAGGAGACUUUUGUGAAGGAUCGGGGAAUUCAGCAGAGUCUGCUUCCUGGCCAAUGGCCCCUCUCACCAUGUCUCUUCUUGAGAGCACAGACAGAGAAGCUUCUAGUGAACCCUUUCUUAACCAGGUGCCAAGAUCUCCUCAGAGAAGGAAAUGGGUUCUGGAAAUGAGCACUCCAAAUUCCAGAAAGUGUGACAAGGAGGUCAGAACACCUGACACAGCCAAAGACCUCACAGCAGAAAAUACCAGCACACUGCUGGCUCUAGACAAACCAACAUUGGCUUCUGAUAGCAAGUCCACUCUGCUGCCAUCUCUACAAUCGGAGGACCCGUGGUUUUUGUCAGCAUGCACUGCUGCUGAGCCUGCUGGAGAUCUCUCAGACCUGUCCUCAUCAGGAGCCUGUGAGGACUCUGUUAAUGACCUGUCAGUAAGUGAAGCCAAUGUAGAAGAGUCCAUGGAGAACAGAGUGGGAACAAUGGCCUUCAGGAACAUAAAGUGUCCAGACUAUGUAAACAGCAAGCACUAUGAUGCAGAUACAGAAGAGAGCCCGCAGAGCUGGGAUUUGGGCUCCCUGGAAAAGCCUGACCCUCACAAGGAAAAUACAGGAGGCAGCCUUGGGCUGGCUUCUCCCAUGGUUCCUGCAGAUGGUCCUGAAAAAGCGUUUUCCAGCAGCUCAGAUGCUCUUACAAAUACCAGAAGUGCCUGUUCCUCUGACCAGCCACUGGCCCAAGAGAACAAGCACCCGAAAUCUGAAAGCCCCUUCAAGUUGUCUUUCAGUAGUGAGGAAAUUGGGCAGCUGAAACACAGACUGAUGCAGAGCAUCUUUACACAGGCAGGUCUCCUUGGGGAACAUGCCACAGGCUUUCCAACUUCUGGGCGCACACAUUCUUUGGCAAAUCAGACUUCAGAAAACCAAUCUACCACUGGCAGGUCAAGCAGCCUAUCCCAGCUUGUGGAAGAGAGACGUCAGGAAACCCUGAAACAAGCACAGCAGGUUGUCAUGCAGGCCCACCAGGAGCAGCUGGACCAAAUGGCAGAACUGGAUUUCAAGGAGGAGAGCUUGAUCAGUCAGAUGUCAGCAGCCGAUUUUGAAGAUUUUGUGACCCAGCUAGAUGAAAUCAUGGUCCUGAAAUCCAAGUGUAUCCAGAGCCUCCGAGGCCAUCUGCAGCUCUACCUUGCCUGUUGCAGGCCUGAAGCUUCCUUAGAGAGACCAUCAGCCUCUUAGAAUGGAAGUUCCUUUGGAGAGGUGGAGAGGGCUUUGGGACUGGGGGAGGAACACCCCUGCAAACCAUGCCAACAACUUUUAUCCUGGUUCCUUUAUGACUAGUGCACAAUUGAGUUAAGGGAAGGCAGGGUAGAAGAAACCUGUGCAGCAGAGGUUCCAGCCACGUGGAGUAGCACCCUGCCUCUCGCAAAUGAAUCCUCAUGCCCAGUGCUCUUGCUUUCAUGUGGACCAUGCUAUAUGGCAGCGAUCCUUAAGAUAAUGCGGCGGCCUUUUUUAUAGGGCACAAAAUGUUACUGAGUGAACAGCCCCACCACACAUCAGAAAGAUGCUGGGGGGCUGCUGUGUGUAAGUGAGCAAGAUGACUGGGAGGGCUGGAUGCAGAGCAAUUAGGGAAAGGAACUUUGUGAUGGAAGGCCGCUAGAAGCUGCUUGGCCAGCUGCACAAGUUCUUUGAAAAGUAUCUCUGAUAAUUAGCAAAAGUAUAAGUGAUGGACAGGAAUUGCCUAGCAUCUUUAAUAAGAAGCUUGGACUCUAAAUGUCAGCGUGGAGCAGGGGUUGUUGCACCAUGAACUGACCAGUCCCUUUCUUUACUCCUUGGAGGUUUUGGCAAAAUUGAAGUUAUCAGUUCAGGUCCAGACCCCUCCCAAAUCCCAGGGAUUGGAGAUUUAAGAUUGGUUUGAGUUUUUAAGUUGACUGUUUAAAAAA